UCACAGGAUAAAGAAAUGUAAAUUCUUCUCCGGUAUCUCAUGAAGGAGUAACAGUGCAUUUUGGAGAUUGCCACUUCCUGCAAACACUGCCAUGUACAGACCAGGGGAGAAAGUGAAGCGUUGGAUGAAUAUUCAUGGUUCUGGCAUAAGAUCUGUUGAAGUUGCUAGAGGGAGAGUGGGAUAUGGAUUUACCCUUUCUGGACAAGCACCCUGUAUUCUUAGCUGUGUUUUGAAAGGAAGCCCUGCUGAUUAUGUGGGACUUAAAGCUGGAGAUAAAAUAUAUGCCAUAAAUGAAAUUAAUGUGAAAAAGGCAUCUCAUGAAGAUGUGGUGAAGCUAAUAGGCAAAUGCUCUGGGGUUUUGCACAUGGUCAUUGCUGAAGGGGUUGGCCACACUGACUCAUGUUCAAGUGAUGAAGAAGUUGGGUUUUAUGAUGGGAAGGGGUGGCGGAAACCCAAACCUGACUCAAAAAUGUUGGGUAUAAACAGAGCAGAGAAGGUCGUGGAAGAAAUGCAGUCUGGUGGAAUUCUCAACAUGAUCUUUGAAAAUCCUAAUGUUUGUGCUGCUAACAUGAAGGCCGCAUCAAGAAAGCAAAUGCCAGCAGAUGAAUCUGCUGCUGUUAGGUUAGACUCUGUAUCAGAAAAUGCAAACAACCCAAGUGUGCUUUAUCAUGAGGAGCUCUCCAACAUCAUGAAUGAUGAUUCAGUUUUUAGAACUGGAAUGGAAAACCAGGAAUGUUUUGGCUUAGAUGCAAGUAUUUUAAACGUGGCUAUGGUUGUGGGCUACCUAGGAUCAAUUGAACUUCCCUCUUCAAAUUCAAAUCUGGAAUAUGACAGUUUGCAGGCUAUUCGUGGGUGCAUGAGGCGUCUUCGGGCAGAACAAAAAAUUCAUUCGUUGGUGCUGAUGAAGAUUAUGCAUGACUGUAUUCAGCUCUGCAGUGAUAAAUCUGGGGUGAUUGCAAAGUAUCCUUCAGAGAAGCUAGCAUUUAGUGCUGUAUGCCCUGAUGACAGAAGAUUUUUUGGGCUUGUUACAAUGCAGACCACUGAUGAUACAAGUUUGGCUCUGGAAGAUGAAGCAGUUUUGAGGACAUCCUGUCAUGUAUUUAUGGUGGAUCCAGAACUAUUUCACCAUAAAAUUCACCAGGGCAUUGCACAUCGUUUUGGUUUGGAAUGCACAGCAGAUCCAGACACUAAUGGCUGUCUGGAGUUUCCCGUUUCGUUUCUACCUGUUCUUCAGUUUGUCUCUGUUUUGUACAGAGAUAUGGGGGAAUUGAUUGAGGGAGUGCGAGCAAGGGCCUUUCUUGAGGGAGAUGGAGAUAUUCAUCAGAAUAACAGUAUGAGCAGCAAUAGUGAUAGCGGUAUUGGAAAUUUUAACCAGGAAGAGAAAAGUAAUAGAGUUUUGGUAGUUGACCUAGGAGGCAACUCAACUAAACAUGUUCUUAGUAAUGUGCGAGAUAAUCCAAUUGGUAGAAGUCAAGCUGUUUCCCACUGGAAUACAUUUGGACAUGAACAGGAAGAAAACUCUGCUUUAGAGGUCAUAUUGCAGAAUGAUAAAUCUCAAAAUCAGAACAAGUUUUUAGCUCCUUCAGCACGCAUUGAAGUUCCUGUAGUUUCUCCCCAAAUUUCAGUUCCAUCAUGCAAGAAAUAUUUGGCGGGCACUUCCAGUCAGCGAUGGCUGCCAGUUCAUGUGUUAAAAGAUUGGCAACAUGCAUGUAUAAGUGACCAAGAGUCAUACACAGAUUCUACAGAUGGCUGGUCAAGUGUUAACUGUGGCACUCUUCCCCCACCAAUGAAUAAGAUUCCUGCUGACAGAUACAGAGUAGAUGGCAGCUUUGGUCAGCCUCAUCUAAUGUCUCCACGAAAUGAAUGGUCUAAAAAGGAGUUUCAUACCCCAAACACAUUUGACUCUCAAUUCUAUGUCAGAAAAACAAAAGAAGAUAAAAAGUGUGCAAAGUUUGGACAUGCUUCUGGAUUUGCACAAGCUUGCCAACGUUCCUCUGCAAGAAGAUCAUUUGGACGGUCAAAGAGAUUCAGCAUUACUCGUUCACUGGAUGAUCUUGAGUCUGCAGCUGUUUCUGAUGGAGAGCUAAAUAGCACUGAUUUGAAAGACUGUGUCAGUGACAACAGCCUCAGCAGCAACGCCAGUCUCCCAAGUGUCCAGAGUUGCCGAAGGCUUCGCGAGAGGAGGGUUGCAAGUUGGGCGGUUUCAUUUGAACGACUUCUUCAGGAUCCCGCUGGUGUUAAGUAUUUCUCUGAAUUUUUACGCAAGGAGUUCAGUGAAGAAAAUAUUUUAUUUUGGCAGGCCUGUGAAUAUUUUAACCAUGUACCCGCUCAUGACAAAAAGGAGCUUUCUUUCAGAGCUCGGGAGAUCUUUAACAAAUUUUUAUGUAGCAAAGCUACAACUCCGGUGAAUAUUGAUAGCCAGGCCCAGCUGGCUGAUGAUGUUCUCAAUGCGCCACACCCUGAUAUGUUCAAGGAUCAACAGCUUCAGAUUUUCAACUUGAUGAAGUUUGACAGCUAUACACGUUUUCUGAAAUCGCCACUUUACCAGGAAUGUAUUUUGGCAGAAGUAGAAGGCCAUCCUCUCCCUGAUCCACAAUAUGUUCCCAGCAGUCCUACUUCUAAGCACAGUUUUGGUUCUGAACGGUCCAGUAUUUCAACACCCAAAAAGUUAAGUGGAAAAUUCAAGUCAGGGCGAUCCUUAAAUGAAGAAUCUGGAGAAGACGACUCUGAGAGAAGGAGAAAAGGGACCUUUUUCUCAUGGUCUAGAAGCAAGAGUAUGGGGCGAUCACAGAAGAAAAAAGAGAAUGAUUCUGUACAUGCCAAUGGGUUGUCCUAUAGACAUGAAUCUCAAGACUCUUUGUCAUCAGCUGCAAGUCUUGAAUUGUUUGACACUUGCAGGGCAUCAAUACCAACAACUGAGAAGGAGAAGUCCUCCAAGUGUUGCCAUAUCAAUCUUCCAGAUGGUUCCUCCUAUACUAUGCCAGUUAAAGCGGGAUUCUCAAUCAAAGAGAUAUUAUCGGGGUACUGUGAGAAACAGGGCAUUAACAUAGCAGGAGUAGAUCUGUUCUUAAUUGGUGGAGAUAAGCCUCUUGUGUUGAACCAGGACAGCAUCAUUUUAGAUUCUCGAGUUCUUCGUUUAGAAAAACGUACUUUGUUUCGACUGGAUCUUGUUCCUAUCAACAGAUCUGUUGGCUUAAAGGCUAAACCCACCAAACCGGUAACAGAAGUCCUCCGGCCAGUAGUUGCCAAAUAUGGUUUAAAUCUUAAUCAUCUUGUGGCAAGGCUAAAUGGUGAGCAAGAGCCGUUGGACCUUGGUGUUCCCAUCUCUAAUCUGGAUGGACAGCUGGUUAUUCUUGAUGAGAAACUGCCAACCAAGGGGAAAGAACAGGGAAAGGGGGCAGCACUGAAACACAAUGGAGCUACAACUUCUAGUACAAACACUCAAGCAUCUACAGGAGAGGGAAGAACUCUAGGGAAGUCUAAUUCUAUUAAAAUAAAAGGAGAAGGUGGAAAAAAUGCUAGGGAUACUCGUCUGGCAAAAAGAGAAGAAUGUAUUGCACAGACUGGGAAAAAAAAGUGUCACAAAAUUAAUUUGGACGAAGCAGAGGAAUUUUUUGAACUCAUCUCCAAAGUGCAAAGUAACAGAGCCGAUGACCAGCGAGGGCUUCUGAGAAAAGAAGACCUGGUUUUGCCUGAUUUUCUUCAUUUGCGUCCUUAUGUGGCUGCAUUUUCUUCCUCUACCCCUGAAAGAUCUCAAGACUGUAACAAGAGAAUUGUGCAAUCCGAGAUGAAGGAAGACGGCCUUCAGCCAACUGGCAAAGUAGACUUAAUGAAAAACAGCAAUGAGAGCUCCGCACUCAAAAUUGGCCUUUCAGAAAGUAAACAGAGCACAGCAGUGCCAGCCACUCAUGACAGCCGGAAGAGCAGCAGCAUUCCUUCCCACACAUCCCUCUCUCCGAUUCUACCUGUUCAGCCUGCCGCUUUACAGAAAAGACAGUCCAAAGAACUGCUAGCAGGAAGUAUAGAGACUGUUGAGGAUGAGAACAUGGCAGAUACGACUCUGGUGUCCGAGGGAGACAUCAGCAGUCCCAACAGUACGCUGCUGCCACUGCAGCUUCCGUCCACUUCUUCAGACAAAAGCACACUUACAGAAGCCUUGCCUUCCCCUUCAGUUUUGCUAACAGGUGUCACCCACAAACAGAAAACCAGUGCACUUGUAACCAGAGGCACUCUUCAUGCACAAAGCUCAAAAGAAACGAAUCAAGGAUUGAACUCUGAUAGAAUUAGGAAGAAAACCUCCAGAGAUGAACUCCCUGUAAAUGGCAUUAUAGAUGUGGAUGGGAUUGCACCGGAAGAUGACCUGGAAAGAUCUUGUGAUGAAUCAGAAGGGAGCCUCAGUUUUGAAGGUUAUAUGUCAGAGCUGAAAUCCUGCCAGGGGAGGAUGCGAACAGGUGUUUACAGGACAUCAGAGCUCCCGUCCCUUAUUGCUGUUAAGAGUGAGAAAAAUAAGGAUGAUGAGAAGCGAUACAAAGCAACGUUUGUUUAAGGUUGUUGAUUGUGUGGCUCCAGUAGUCCCCUCCCCCACUGAUGAAUUACAAGCAUGAAUUUACUUAACACAUCAGUUCCAUCAAGGUGCUAACAGAUCUUAAUGUCUUUUGCUUAAAUACACACAUGGCAGAGUGCCUGGUUAGUGGGAGAGAAAUUCUAAGCAGGAAAACAAUUUUGUUAACAAAAUAUACUUGAAUUUAUUUGCUAAUGUUAGCAUUUGAUACUUAGAAGUGUCCCAAGUGAAGGCAGGUACCUUUCUUUUCCCAAAAGAGAGACUGUCGGAAUCUAGAAGUUUGGGGGACUUCACUGGCAGGGGGGAUUGCAGCCUUGUCUGCUGUGAAAGCGCACUCAUCACAUUUAAACUACAGUGAAUGAAAAUGCUGAAAUAUUUCAUCCUACCUGCCAAACCUGGCUGUUCUCCACAGAGCCACGCUGGCUGAUUCUGCACAGGGCAGAUAUAAAGGGUGCAGGAUGCCAGGCAAGCCAUUUGGGGGGAGGGGCUCCCUGUUUUAUUUCCCUGAGCCCAGGGCUUCUGAAAGUGGCUAAGCCAGCAAUCCUUUUGCAAAGUCCCGGGUGGGAGCUGCUUCCAAGGGGCUGUCCAGGCAGGAGGGGCCUCGUUGCCCCAUCUUCCACUGCGCUGCCCACAGCCAGGGAGAAUCCGCCCGCCACAGCGAUGCUUUUGUUAUUGCCCUGCCCGUGCAGGGAGGCCCCUUUUUCUGUUCUUUUAAAAAUUUGCGCGUUGCACCUGUGCUGCGAUGCAAGCACACCCAAUCGUAUUGUGUAAUGGUGGGCAUGGCUGCGGGGGUUCCUUUGUGUAUCCCCGGGAGCUACGCAUCUGUUGCAGGAAAUAGAAAGAGAGAGAAGUGUCUCCGUGCAAAGGCACAAAAGCAACCCAGGUUGUUUCCAUGGGCUCCAAUAGCUGCCUGCAGGGCAUGCAUGUGAACGGGAAAAGGGAAAACGGGUUCCUUUCUAAUGACUACAACCUGUUAUAUAUUUGUUGUGUGGAAUCGAUCACUGUGAGGCAAAUGAAGAACCCCAAAUAGCCCCAGUGAUGUCACUGGUCAGUCCUGCCGCGAAGGCUGCCGAUUUGGGGUUGGGAAAUCCCAGGAGAUUUGGGCGGGGAGUCUCAGGAUGGGAGGGGUUAGAGAGGGGAGGGGCCUCAGUUGGGUAGAGCGCAAUUUGAAUGCUGCUCACCCUCCAAAGCAGACAGUUUCUCCAGGGGAAAGGACACCUGUAGCCAAGAUUAGCUGUAAUUCCUGAAGAUCCACAGGCUCCACCGGGGGGGCUGAAAACCCCACAUCCUGUAUUUACAUAUUGUUAAAAAAAAGGUGGGAGUAUUUUAACUUUAUUGAGUUGAAGACCAUUUACUUUUACUUCUGUGCUGGAGCCUCUCUUUUCCAGAACAAGAAUUACAUUUCUCUUUGACGUGAUAGUCUUCAAGGAAUGGUUUACCUGUAGUGUAGAUUGUUCUCCAGUGCUGGGUUUGAUUCAGCAGGCAGCCCAGACAUGGAUGAUGUCAAAGAAUUUUCUUUCAAACUUUCGUGACGACGUGCCUGGAAUGAAUAGGAUGAUGGGCCAAAAACAGUCCCUGUGGGGAAAAGGCUCUCUCUUUCUUUCUCUCUUUCUCUCUUUCUGUGCCACCAGAGCUUUGGCCAUCUAAACAGUGUCUAAUAUUUAAUUAUGCUGUUGGAAGAAGGAAGACUUGCAUUUUAAAUGCUAUCACCAGUUUUGCCCUCCAGCACUAGAGAUAGGAUUAUGAGCCCAUCAUGUGGAGACUCCUGGUCCCAAUCCUGUAAAGUAUUCAGAAGCCAGAUGCGUUGACCGAACUGACUGAUAGUUGCAAGUUUCAGUCCCUAAGCAAAGACUGACUUACCCCACCCUGAAUCUGGUGCCUCUUUCAUGCAGAGCCUCAUGCCUGGAAUGGGCUCUUCCCUCUAAAACUAAUCUCUUGGAUUGGAAAUAUUUGCCCUCUGAAAAAGAACUUGGAUUGUUACACAAAUGAAGAUUUGUCAUUUGGGAAAAUGUAAUGUUACACUGCAACCUCACUUGAGAAAAAAAUCAAAAUACUAACAUUUUUGGAAGGAUCCAUUGAUUGUUACUACAUUAAUUGCAGUUGGGUUUUUCUUUCUUGUUUCUUCUGUUUUGUGGAAGGAACAAAUUGUGUAAAGGGUGUUUCAGACUUCAUCCACAUGUUUGCAAAACAGGAAUUGAAUUUAGCAUAAUUAAAAGUAAAAUCAUCUUUCCACAGAUGCAUUAUAAGAUUUGAAUACUCAUGUAAUCUGCUAUAAUAGUAUUAAAACAGCAGCAUUGUU